CUGGUCAGCAUCAGUGGUAGGCGUUUGUUGGCGUGAAAAUGGAGCUGUUAUAUGGUGUGAUUUUGUCACUGCUGGUUUGUUCUGCCUGUAGUUUUCGGUUCAGCGGUACUGCUCAGCAUGGCCAGGAUGCGCAAGACCCUGAAGAAGAGUGGGGGAGAAUGGAGAAAGUGAUAAGUGACAAAAAGGCUGAGGCUCUUGCACCUGAAACCAAAUUAUUGAGGGCACCGUCAAGUAGUGGACCUAAAUCAAGUCAAGCAAAGAAAACUGAGUAUCUGGCUGUAUCAACCUCCGAAGACCAGAAAGAGGCUUUCAAGCCAGAAAAGGGUGUCAGACCCCUCCCUGGCUCGCUCAAAAAUAUUUUACUUAAGGCUACUGUCCCUACUAUUGCACCUGUAAAAACCAGAUCCCAGUUGGUUGAAGUCCUGUGCCAUGUUGACAGAAUGUAUGUAAGAAUAAGGAGAGAUAUCUUUAAGUCUAGGGAUGCAUUCAAGUCUUUGAAACUAGGCACCUGCCCCGUUAACCAAGGGACCAAUGAUCAUUACUACUUUCUGUACCUUCUAACUAAUGAACACUGUGGAUUCAAGUACGAGAAUAAUGCAGAUUAUCGAGUGACUAGCAAUGUGAUCCGCUACCAGCCAACCAGUGCAGUUUUAAGAGAGAUGCCAUUUGUAAUUGCUGUGCAGUGUAACUUUCCCAGGUUGUUUCACUCCUACAGAGCGGGCUUCUAUCCUGUUCUACAGGGAGGCAGUAUUUUCAAAGUACUGCAACGAAGGGGCAGUUUCGCCCUUACUCUUGAAGAUGACUCAGGAAAACCCAUCACUGGUGUCAAAACCUACACCUUGGGCCAACCGAUGUACUUUGCGGCCAAGGGAUUCGGAAGAACUGGAGAUGUGAGGCUCUACGUCAACAAGUGCUUCAUGACAGCUACCAAAGAUUCUCAAUCCACCUCAAAACAUGUAGUCAUUGACAACCACGGCUGCAUGGUUGAUUCCAAGAUUUCUAGCGAGUCAAAGUUCCUCGCUAGUACCUCAAAGGUGGUCCAGAGAUUCUCUGUAGCCGCUCUGAUCUUCAAGGACCAGCUUUCCACUAAGUCUUCAACACAGCAACUCUACAUGCACUGUGAGCUCUCUGUUGGGACACUAACUCCGACUCUGACUUCAAAGGCUUGCAACUAUGAUGCAGGUUCCAAUAAGUGGAAGGAGCUGUACGGUGAUGACUCUGUGUGCACAUGUGAGUCACCCUGUGUCCCAGCAUCUUCAAAGGCUUCUGGUCGUGUCAUUUCCACUCAGUCUUGGAAGGUCGACGUGAGCAAGGGCAAAUAUGAGCAGCUUCAACCACGGAUGACAUUCUCGGAUGCCGACACAUUCACUUUGGAGGACCCCAGCAUGGAAGAGCAUAAAGACUUCCUAAAUAACUGGGACCAUAAUUACUAAAAGUGUGUGGAAACUAUCAGAAUUUUAAAUAAACAAAUUCUCUCACUGGA